AUGUGGCACAACGUCGGGCUGACGCUGCUGGUGUUCGUGGCCACGCUGCUGAUCGUCCUGCUUCUGAUGGUGUGCGGCUGGUAUUUUGUAUGGCAUCUAUUUUUAUCUAAAUUCAAGUUUCUACGGGAACUGGUGGGAGACACAGGAUCCCAGGAGGGAGACCACGAGCCUUCAGGGUCUGACACUGAAGAAGACCCAUCAGCCUCUCCACACAGGAUAAGAUCUGUUCGCCAGCGUAGGGCUCCCGUGGAUGAAGGCCACUGACCCCAGCCACCAUAUAUGACAAAAGGCAAUUGCGAACCUGUCAGUGAAGACAGAAAUUCACAAAGGGACUGGAAAAAAUUUGUACUUGGAUUUCAUAUCCAAUUCAAAAAAGAUUUACAUGUAAGCCAUAUAGAAAUAAAGGGAAUUUAAAACCAAAUUGGACCACUGAAAAAUUCAUCUUAAAGGUUUGUUGUUGUUUUUUUUUGCUUCUCUAGCUCUCUGCUUAACACAUUUGUUCCUUGGCUCUUGCGCUUACUGUUUUGCACUGAUGUGACUCUGUUAAGCAUUUCAGGCUUGAAAAAAACAUUUUAUUAGUCAUAAAAUGUACUCUUGACAUUUUAACUUGUCUGAAGUUGGGAUGCAUCUCAUUACUGUCAACCAGGUGAUAGCCAUGUCCUCAACCUAGCUUGUGCAUGUGUGAAUUUACAGCUUGUCAUAUUAUCGUCUCCUUAACUGGUGUGUGUUAUUGGUAUCAAAUGUAUCAGGUUGAGUUGGCAUUUAAAAAUGCCUUCAAGAACAUUACGCUGUGAUUCAGCAUUGAAACGAGGUUAUUGCAUAUGCAGAAGAGCAUGGAAACACAGCCGGCUGGAUGUUUGAUAUUAGUGAAGCAAAUGUUUGCCAUUGGGGGAAUGAUCAAAAUUCCCUCUUUUCUUGCAAGGCAACGACAAAACGCUUCAUGGGACCGAAGAAAGAAAGAUAGCACAAGUAGAUGAAGCUGUACUAUGUUUUGUUAGUGAGGCAUGCUCAAAAAGGAUUGUUCAUCACAGGCCAAGUGAUGCAGUUGAAGGCAAAGAAAUUGCCAAGACCUUUGGAAUUGAUGAAACAAAAUUCAAAGCAACAAAAGUCUGGUGUGACCGAUUCAUGUGUUGAGCAGGAUUGUCAUUAAGACAUCAAGCAGCGUUUUAUCCAAAGCUUCUCACUGCCAUUAGACAGAAGGCAGGGUUGGAGCACUCUUUCAAGAAAUGCUGCAUCACUAGUUCUCUUGACACCGAGGGCCAUGUAUGGGAAAAUGCAGACAUCCUUGACUGUGAUUUGAAAAGUGAUUCAGAAGAGUAUGAAGUUAUAUGAACUUAACUAAUUUGUUUCAUACAUUCUUUAGUUUGCACAAGAUAGGUGUGAUAAAAAUCUGUUUAACUUUAAAAGCACUGUUUCAAUAAGUAUAAAAUAAAUGUUUUCUGUGAUACAAGGCAUGUGUCAUAGUUUAAUGGGUAGUGCUUUUUCUUAGUGAUACAUAUGGUGUAUCUUAAUUGAUGGGCUCUUAGAUUAAGUAAAAACGGUAAUAUGUAAAUUUAUUUUUCUUUUCAAGGUAGCAGUUAUUUAUUGGGGAACUUAAUUCUGCUAUUAUAAUGUUAAGACAUUUCUCUUUGAUGAAAUAUACUUUUUGGGGCAACUUAUUCAAGAUUUGAGAAUAGUAAUAGGAAUCUAAGAGCUGUCUUCUAGUGUAGGAAGAGUAGGGUUAGUCAUUUCCUUUAUAUGGGAGGACUUUAUGUCCCAGGCAUGUGUUGUAGAGAAACAACAGUGGUUUCACAAACAACAAUUCAGUGACAAGACCUCAAAGAUAACUAGGUAUUGAAAAAAUAGUGGGCGACAAUUCCUGCUGAACUGUUAAAUGACUCUUGCCAGGUUUCCACAUUUAUCUAAACUGAUCUUUGGACUGAGUGUUUACUAGGGAACAGAGAUAGGGAUUAGCAAGCCUUCCUGUUUAGUGUUCCCUGCUUUGUACAAAAAUG